GCAGCAGCAGACUGAGCUCAGAAGUAGCGACACGGGCAGCAGAGGCGGACACGCGUGCCGUGCUUCUAGAUGACAGACCUAACGUAAACACACCUCUCCUGUCUCUUUAUCAUUGUAACACAGUCAUUCCUGCUCUCGGCAAGCCUGGAGAAGAAGAAUGACUGACGAAGGAAUGUUAAUCUCACCGUCGGAUCUCCAGGUUCCCGGAGAUGGAGCGAAACCUGAAGACCUCAGUAUGGAUUGUACGGACGGGGAAGAUGAAUUGUGUUUGGAAGAGAUUUUAACACUGUACAGUCAGCCCAUCAAUGAGGAGCAAGCCUGGGCCGUGUGUUAUCAGUGUUGCAGGUGGCUAACUCAAAAACAGAGACGGAAAGAGACAGGUGGGAGUCCACCUGAACGGAUUGCGGGUCCUGGAGAUGUGAGGAUCCGGAAGGACGGGACUGUGAAAUUAUAUCAGCAGAGCAGUCCAGAUAAACAUACCCCGCCCAGUUCAUCAAUAGAGAUCAUAGAGUCUCUGGGUAUAAUGAUCUACAAGGCUUUGGAUUACGGCCUGAAGGAGCAUGAGGAGAGAGAGCUCAGCCCUCCUCUGGAGCAGCUCAUCGACCUCAUGACCAACAUGGCAGACACUGAAACAGACUGUCCCGAUGAGGGAUAUGAGGCGACGGAAGAAGAGGAUGAGGGAGAGGAAGAACCCACAGAAGUCUCCAACAUCCGUGGCUAUCGUGAUAUAAUUUCUCUGUGCACAUCUCACCUACCCAGUCCAUCAGAUGCACCCAACCACUACCAGGCCGUAUGUCGAGCCCUGUACGCAGAGACCAAGGAACUACGCACCUUCCUGGAGAAGAUCAAGAGUGCCAAAGAGAAUUUACGGAAGAUGGAAGGAGAAACAGAGGAGCCUGUCAGAGACUUGAAUGAGCUGCAAAACGCAGACUGGGCACGGUUUUGGGUGCAGGUGAUGAGGGACCUGCGACACGGUGUGAAGCUGAAGAAGGUGCAGGAGCGUCAGUAUAACCUUCUACCCAUCGAGUUCCAGCUUACGCCUUACGAGAUGCUCAUGGACGACAUCCGCUCCAAACGUUACAAACUUCGCAAAGUCAUGGUCAAUGGUGACAUUCCUCCAAGGUUAAAGAAGAGCGCUCACGAGAUCAUACUGGAGUUCAUUCGCUCCAGACCUCCACUCAAUCCUGUUUCUGCUCGUAAGCUAAAGCCUCAUCCUCCAAGACCUCCCAGUCUUCAUGAACGUAUCCUGGAAGAGAUCCGAUCGGAGAGAAAGCUCAGGCCCGUCUCACCUGAUAUGAUCCGUAGGAGUCGACUUGUAAUUCGCCCACUUAGCAUGUCUGUCAGUUUUGACUCAUCAGGCGCAGGCAAAAGUAUGAGCACCCCACAGGACUUGUUCCGAAGCUCAGACAUCCCUGAUGGACCCCGAAAGCUGGCUGUCAGCACGCUAUCCCUGGCCAACGGCACGUCGCCAGCUCGGAGCCCUGUAAACGGCGUAGCCGGAGGUCAGCCGCUGUCCCAGAGAAAAAGAUUGCUCAAAGCACCUACGCUGGCCGAACUCGACAGCUCCGACUCUGAUGACGAACAAAACACUCGGAAGUCUGACAGCAGCUCGAGCGUAUCUGCCUCACUGGUUGAGGACACAUCUCCAGAGUCCGUCGUUGCCAAAAAAACUCCUCCACAGUUCCUGCCCAUAUCUUCCACCCCUCAACCUGACAAACGCAUCGCUCCACAGAGGAGGCACUCCAUAGAGAAAGAAGAUCCCACCAGCGUACGGCCUUUCCUGCCGCCGUCACGCCAGAACUCCAAAUCUUUGCUGUCUUCGGGGAAUAAGGCUCACGCACUAGGCAGCGGUCGUGCGGAGGAGUUCUGCUACCCCGUCGAGUGCCUGACUUUGACCGUAGAGGAGGUGAUGCAUAUCAGACAGGUUCUUGUCAAAGCAGAGCUGGAGAAGUUCCAGCAAUAUAAAGACGUCUAUAAUGCGCUAAAGAAAGGAAAGCUUUGCUUCUCAUGUCGGACGAAGAAGUUCUCGUUCUUCACCUGGGCCUACACCUGCCAGUUCUGUAAGAGGCCUGUUUGUUCACAGUGCUGUAAGAAGAUGAAGUUGCCCUCCAAGCCCCAUGCCAGCCUGCCCAUUUCCUCUCUUGGUCCCAGCAUCUUGCCUAAAAAGGAGUCUGCGUCAUCGUCUGCGACAGAGAAGCCCUCCUCCACAUCCAGCUUCAAGCGCCACAGCCUUCAGCGCAGAUCAUUAAAGCACGGCGAGCACUCAUCCUCCAAAGAUGAGCUGGAGCUGCCAGAGCAGUUCACAGAGGACUGGAGCACCAUGGAGGUCUGCGUGGACUGCAAGAAGUUCAUCCAUGACAUCAUCAGCAACAGCAGGCGCAACCUGAGCACCAAACGCGCCCGUCUGGCGCACCGCAGAACCCACUCCGUCUACAUGUCCAACACCAGUUCUUCCAACUACAAGCCGUCUGAACGAACUAUCAAAGAGGUUUAGGAUCCAAAGUGCUUGGAACUGUCACGGCGUGGUCCUUCCCAUUAAACCCGUUCUCACUGUCGCGAACGUGCCAGACGGAAAAAAAGCUUGUGUUACAUAUUAAAAAUACGGCCUCUUUUGUUAGCUUUGUAACGUACCUUCAAUACCUCUUCUUUCCCAUUUAAAAAGUGCCAGAGGUGAAGGAAUAAAACCGUCCCUCUUCCAGCAUGAGUCCUUAAGCACCAGCCUUCUCAGGAAAAGGUUUCUUCUGUGAUUAAAGCUUUGGAAUGUAGUUAACACACUUUAAAUUUAUUUUGACCAGCUUUUCUCUAAUGAAUCCGAGAUGACGCUGAAUGAAAUUAAUGAGAUGACAGUGUGAAAAAAGAAAUUGCGAGGCUGCUUUGAUCACUGAAAGGCACAAAGCCUGAAUGUAUAUUUUUCAAUGGAGCUCAAUUGUAUGUAAAUAGUUGCUGAAUGAUCAGCCUAAAUGUAAAUAGGCAUCCAAACUGACUUGUUUUUCCCUUUUAGGACUAGUCGAUUGCUGAAAGACCAAGAGACUGUAGAUUUAUUCAGCCUCCACAUCAAUUCAAGAUCAAGUCUUACCAAAUGUUUUUCUUAUUGUUUGUUAAAAUUGCUGCUGUGAUUGUGACACGGUCCAAACGAAUGGCGUUUUAGAUAAUUACAAAGAGUACUUCUAUUUUUUCCUGUCUGAUGGCAGUGUUUUUGAGAUUUUAGUCAAAGAUGAGCGUCAAGAAGUGGUGUCUCUUAAAGGAGUGAUCGGCUGUGCCAAACAAAUCUCCACUAUCUGAGCAAUAUGUGUCUUGGACCUGAUGUACAUAGUCAAAUCGCAUUUACCGGAGAUGGUGACGGCCCGAAGGGGGAAGCCGGUUCUCUCUUUUAUAUAGGAAGUGACUUUUGUAGGAUGUGUUCAUGUACAUGCUGUAUAUCCGAAUCUCAUCUGAUCUACUUAAAAUAGGCUCUAUUGUUAUAAAGCUAUGAUUUAUAUUAUUAAUGAUUAUUUUAUUUUUCAGUGUCAAAUGUUGCUUUCAUGUUCACUCAACAACUAAUGUUAUUUUUCAGCUGCAUAUUUAAUUUGACGUCUUAAAACUUUGUAAAUUAAGUUUAUUAAAUAUAUUAUUAUUACCCAUUUUGUGCAAUGAAACACCCUAGGAGACUUUAAAUAUGAAGGUACCGAAGUCAUGUCAGGGUUUUUGGAAGGAAUGUUUCUGUUUGUCCUUUAUUUAAAAAAUACACUUAUAAAUACACAUGCACUGCAGUGGUAUACAGGCCUGUUGACUUGUUCUUUUGUUUUGUGCAAAACUGACUAUACUGCCUUCCUCUAAAGAAUGAUUGGUGUGCAUGAUAAAAUCUGAUUUUUUUUUUUUAAAUAAGAAAUGGAUUGCCAAUAAAUAAAGCAUUGAAUUUGAA